GAUCGGAUCAUCGAUCUGAAUCGCCCAAGUUGAGUUUCUAAGCCUCAGUUUCCACCUUCAAGAAAACAAAGAUGAGCCAAUCUGACAAGACGAGUUUCCAAGCCGGUGAGGUCAAGGGCGAAGCGAAGGAAAAGGGGAAUCAGAUGAUGGAUAAGGUUAGCAAUGCUGCCCAGUCCACCAAGGAAACAUGCCAGGAGGCUGGUCAGCAAAUUAAAGCCAUGGCACAAGGGGCUGCUGAUGCUGUCAAGAAUGCUACUGGCAUGAACAAGUGAAGGCAAAAUAUGGCUGCCACCCUCUCUCUCUCUGUCCUCUCUCUCUCCAGUACUGUCCCACAGACGUUUUCAUUUUGUAUUUGUUUUGUGUGUUUUCAGAUUCUCCUGUUGGAGAGCAUCUUGUUUGGUUUAAAUUCUUUGAAGUAGUUAAGAAGAGAGCUCCCUCUCUCCCAUGGGGCUCUCACCUUAGUUGACAAUUGAAUUCAUAAUAUGCUUUGAGAGGACCACCA